UACCAACAUUUUUUAAUUGACAUUUUUAUUCAAUUAUUGACGUUUUCGAUUUUUAUAUAGGGAUUUUUGUCGGCUUUGUUGAGCAAAUUGCAAAUCUGAAUUUAAUCCGUUUUGAAAAUGUUUUAUUAACUAAAAAUUGAUUAAAUUAUAUAUUUAGCUUAUGUAAACAAAUUAGUAAGGUGAUUUUUGAAAAUACAACCCUUUAUAUUGCCAAAACCUAAUAUUAUUUGGAGGUUAUAAUGGAGUGGAUACAAAAGAAGCAAAACAUUGUUUUUAUACAAAAAUAAUUGGCAGCCGUUACCUUUACCAGUUUAAGAAAAUAUUUAAUUUUUUUUAGUAAAAACUUCAUUCAAUUUAAAAUUUAUUAAAAAUUAAUAUCAAACAUUUUAAAUAUUUAUACUUCAUUAACAUUAUAUAUCUAUGUUUUAUAUUGAAAAGUUAAAAGAAAAAAAAACAAAAAAAUGUUUAAUACACCCUCGUUUUUAUUAAAUGGAUUAAACGGUGGAGGAGACGAUGAAGAUAUAAAUAAUUAUUUGAAGCAGUUUGAUACAACUACAAAAAAAUUAAAUAGCAACAAUAACAAAAAACUAAUUUCAUCAUCUUCAUCAACAAUUGAUAAAUAUGAAUAUUUUUCAAAUCUAAACUCAAUUGCUAUUAAAAUAUCAUUAGAUAUUAAAGAUGGAACAUUACCAUAUAAACAUAUAUGGAAUCAAAUAAAUGAUAAUGAACAAAUUGAAAUAAUUAAUGAUAUAUUUAUAAAACCAGAUAUUACUAUAUUAUAUGAAAAAAAGAUAAAUAAAAAACAAAAACAUAAAUUAUUAUCAGGAAAAAAAUCAACUUGUACAUCAUCUACAUUAUCUACAUCAUCAACGAUAUCAUCAUCUUCGUCAUCAUCAUCAUCAUCUUCAUCGACAUCAGCAACAACAAAUUCAGUAUUGUCAUUAGUUCAAGAAAAUGAAUACAUUAAUAAUCCUCAGUAUAAUAUUAAGAAAACAUCAGCAUUAAAUCAUAAUAACAAUAGUACAUCCGGUACUAAUAAUGGUAUUAAUAAUACUACCAUAUUAUGUAAAAAUAACACAGUAAAUUCAUUGCAUUCAAAAACAACAACAGCAUCAACCACAAUGAUAACAAUUGCUAGCAAUGGAAGUAAUAAUAGUAAUAUAAUAACAUUAAUACCAAAUUUAAAUAAUUAUACAUUAAAAAGUCAAACACUGAAAUCAAUUACAACAUCAAAUUUAUAUAAUUUUUUUAAAGAAUUACCUACAAAAAAUAUAUAUGAAUUUGAUGGAAAAAAUUUAUCAACAUAUUGUAAACAAAAAACUGCUUUAAAAAUAAUUAAUGAUGAUGUUUUUGGUCAAUUUCCUGAUGAACAUUCAAUGCCAUUUAGCGUAAAAACAAAAUCCCAAAUUAAUUUAACAUUAUUUGAUGAUGAUAAAACGAAUUUAAAUAAAUAUGAUAAUCAUGAUAAUGAAGACAACGAAAUGCCAUCAGCUUUUACAAUAUUAAAAUUUCAAAAAGUUAAUAGGGAAUUAUCUGAAAGUGUUAAGAAAAAAUGUAUAAUAAAUCAAGAAAAUAUUCAGAUCAUGAAUGAUCAACAACAGCAACAUCAGAAGCAAUUACAGUUGUCAAAUAAUAACAAAAUUAAUGCAGAAAAUGCAAAUAUACUAAAUGAUAAUAAUUUACAAUCAAAUAAUUUAUUUUCAAUUAAUAAUAAAAAAUACGAAAGAUUUUAUAACAAUAAUAGUAAAAGCGAUAGUAUAUUAAAAAAUAAUGAUAAAAAUAAUAUUGAUUGUUUAUCAGAUAAUAAAGAUAGUAAUACUAAAACAAAUAUAUUAUGGAGAUUUAUUGGUGGCAAUAAAGGAAAUAAUAAUAACAAUAUAAACAAUAGUAGAAGUAGUAAUAAUAGUAAUUAUAAUAAUAAUUUCAAUAAUAAAAGUAAAGAUGUUACGCUACCAUUAGAAAUAUCAAUAAAUACAGAAUCAAAUAUUAUAUCAACUGGAACUGGAACAACAAAGUUAGUGACAACUGAACCAACAUCAUCAUCAUCAUCAUCAUCAUCAUCAUCAACAACAUCGUCAUCACCAAUUAUUGCAAAUUAUAAAAAUGAUUGUGAAAUUUUUAUUAAUUUAAAUGAUUAUAAUAAUACGAGUAAUUUUAAUAAUAUUGAACAGUUAUCAUCAUCAAUUAAAGCAAUUGAAAAUAUAAAACAAAUAUCAGCAAUAGGAGCGACAGCAGCAGCACCAUCAUCAUCGUCAUGUGAUGAUGAAAAUGAGGAGGAUAGAAAUGAAAUAAAAGAAGAUUCACAAUUACUUGAUAAUGAUAUUUUAAGAAAAGGUUUUGAAUUUCUUAAUAAUUGGUAAAAAAAAAGAAUAAUCGGAAAAGAAAAAAAUUUGGAAGUUUUUAACAAAACAAAAGAUCCCAAACAAUUUUUUUAACUGGAAGUACAUAUUAAAAACAAAUAACCUAUAUUAACUGUUUAAUUAAUAGCAGCCGUGAUGUUUUUUUUCAUGAUUUUUUUUAACUAAGUUAAUAUAACCUAUCUACCAAUUUUAUUAUCUGAAUUGGAUUUUUAUUACCUUUAAGAAUAUGACCCACUGGCCUACUCCACAAUUAUCUAUUUUCUUUUUUACAUGUUCUUUCCAUUUUAGUUUGAUAUCUUACGUCAUACCCAAGUAUUUUCCUGUAUUAGCGUAUGGGAUUUGAUUGGAGUUUAUAAAUAUUCUUUUUGGAUCUACAUUUUAAUACGUAAAAUUAAUAUGAACUGACUUUUCUUUUAAUUUUAUUCUCCUUAUCUUAUUCCAUUGACUAAUUUGGUUGACUGUGUCUUAAAACUCCCUUGUAGCUUCAUCCACACUUUUACUACUCGAGAGGAUCGCAGUGUCAUCUGCAUAAGUAGCUAUAAUGUAACUAUCGUUUCUUUGUAUAUUCCUUGUGAAAAGGAUAUAUAAAAUAGGUCCAAGCAACCUGAGGAACUCCAGCCUUAAUAGAUCUUAAAUUGGAAUAUUCUUCAUCGUAUUUGAUGCGAAAAGUUCUUGCGACAUCCAGGAAUACUGUAGCAAUAAUUUUUUUAUUUUUCAAGGUGUCUUCUAUAAUAUUAGAGAUUCGAUAAACUUGGUCUACAUACGAGUGUUCUAAUCUUAAACCAAAUUGAUGGUGAGGUAUCAGAUGCCUUUCUUUUAUUAACGGAGUUAACUUAGCAAGAAAAUAUAUGAAAUAUUUUUAACAUUAAUGGAAGCAAUAAUAUUGGUCUAUAUUAACUUUUAAUAUUCGGUGUCUGUCCUGGUUUCAAAAUCAUAAUAACUUCAGCAACUUUCCAUUGUCUUGGAAUAUAUUUUUUAUCAAGGGAGCGUUUAUUAUGUAAAGAAAUUUCUUAAUGCUUUAGCACUUUUUCUAAUCAGAAAUGUUGCAUUGUUUUUUUUUUAUUAUCUUGCAGUGAUUUUUUUUAAUGAGUUACUAAUUUUAUUUAUGCCAGAGUCCCUAAACUCUUCCCAAAUUUGUUCUAGGAUUUGUCAAAGCUAAGGGACCUUCUCCGACUAUUAUAGAUAUGCUAACGGUAAGAACUAUAUCUGUAUGAUCGGACUUUAGAUUCUCACAUUCCUCAAUAAACGUUAAUUUAUAUCUUAACCUCCCAGUAUGAAGAAAUCGAGCAAGUCUGGUAAUCUGUUACUAUCAGUAGGCCAAUAUGUUGGUUUACCUGUUGAGACAAAUUUGCAGUCAUGAUCUUUUACUGAUUUAAAGUGGCCUUUUCUUGAUCAAUCUAGACCCCCAGUUUAUGUGUUUUGCAUUAAAAUCUCCCCCUGGGAUAGAAAAGCGACAAAGGUUUUUUAUAAGAUGAUUAUAGUCUUCUUUUGUAAGAUUGUGUUUGGGUGAGCUGUAGUAUACCGAUAUGUUGAAUUGUUUACUAUAAGUGAAUGCAUCUUAAUUGUUGUGAAGUGCAUAGUUUUUUGCUGUAUAUUGUUCUUCAUUGUGUUUUAUGUGACUCUUGAUUAAUAUUGCAGAACCUCCUUCAGCUUUACCAUUUGGAUGGCAAGCAUAAUAAAAGAUGUAGCCGUUUAUACUUAUAUAUGAAUUUGUAACUAAGUGUGAUUCAGAUAUUAAACAAUAAUAUUAAUAUAUUCGUUUAAUAAUACUACCUCUAAUUCAUUUUUGGGUUGCAGAAUCCAAUUUGCAUUCCAAUUCAACAUUCUUAACUCUGGUAUUAUCUUUGCUUUUACUGAAUUAAUACUAUUUUCUAGCAUAUUUAUUUCGUCAUGCAUAUUAUUCUCUGCCAACUUGCAUUAAUCAAGUUUUAGUAAUAUUACUUCGUUAUUAGUAAUAGUAAUAUUAGUUCGUUUUUGGUUGCCGCUUGCUAUAUAGCUCAAGUGAAACAACGUCGCUUGACACGUAUGUGGUUUUACGUGAGCUAUUUGUAGUAGUGACUAGAGUUUCAUUACCUAUUUGAGUAACUGAUAGUCUUUUUACUUGUUGUUUCGAUUUGAGGGAUUUAUUUCUUCUUUAUUGAAAUUAUUUCGUGAUUUCACAUCCGCGAUAACUAGCAACAUGUUUUCCAUUGCAGUAUGGAAAACCGGUUGUGGGGUUCCGAUUCCCUGUCCAGUAACAUUGAUUUCUUGUUCCGUCAUCUUCAUAAUUUUUACGUGUACCCAUCCAGGAACCCUUACAUGGUACUAUCAACUGAGCCAACUGAAGGACAAAGGUUAUUUAACGAGGUGUAACUCCUUCCUCUCCUCGUUUUAUAUCCGGGUUUGGGGCGGGCAAAGGGGGAGGCAACCGGGAUGUAAGUAACGCCCAGUGUUUGUGGAUGUGAUUUAAAAAAUUGAGGGUUAAAUAUGAUGGAUUAGAUAAGAAAUUUGGGAGAGAGGGAUAAGUAUUUUCGGAGAGAGGGAGAAAGUGAUCUAUAAUAGAUUAGCUGAGAUUUUGAAAGUUGAUAACGGCCGUGCUUUUAACUCUAUUUCGAAUAGUUACUCUAUUUUCGAAUUCAGGUGCAUCUAAUUGAUACAAAAUCGUGUUUUCUAUGUAAAUAAGAAUUGCAAUAAUAAUAGAAUGCUGUAAUAUUGAAGAUAUUAAAAAUACAAUAUAUUUUUUUUUUUAAAUUGUUAUCAAUAAUUAAUUUAAAUUUUGUUUUUAAUAAAAAUUUAAAACUUUUUUUAUCAAAGCCUGAUUUGAUAUUGCGUUAAUUCAAAAUUAUUAUUUAUAAUAUCAAUAUAUACCAAACUAAGUCUUAUUAUACAGGGUGUUUCGCAUAAGAUGGCAAAUAAUUUCGGGGAUGAUUCUUCAUCAACUUCCAGCAUGAAAAUUGAUUCUUUGAAAAACUUCCAGGAAAAAAACAAAAAUUUAUUACAAAAAUAAAAAACCGUUUAAAAAUUUAGGAAGUCUACCUAAAUAUAAAUCUA